AUGGCUUUAUCAAUGGAAAACGAAGUCAACGCCACCGAGGCUCGGUUUGCACCGGUGACUCGAGAGCGAAGGGUUCGCAACGACCUCGAAACCACAAUCUCCAAGCCAUAUUUGGCGAGGGCGUUGGUGGCGCCGGACUCGAGCCACCCGACGGGGACGGUGGGGCAUAAGCACUAUGGAAUGACCGUACUUCAGCAACAUGUCGCCUUCUUCGACCAAGAUGAUAAUGGCAUCGUUUACCCUUGGGAGACUUAUGUUGGGCUAAGAGCGAUUGGAUUCAACAUGAUAAUGUCCCUAGUUAUGGCCGUUAUAAUAAAUAUGGCCAUGAGCUAUCGUACUCAACAAGGAUGGAUCCCAUCACCUUUCUUUCCAAUCUACAUUUACAACAUUCACAAAGAUAAACAUGGCAGCGACACUGGAACUUAUGACACUGAAGGAAGGUAUGUGGCGGCAAAUUUUGAGAACAUAUUCAGCAAGUACGCAAGAACGCACCCAGACAAGCUGUCCCUUGGCGAGCUAUGGGAUAUGACUGAAGCCAACCGUCUAGCUUUCGAUCCCUACGGAUGGAUCGCAUCAAAACUCGAAUGGUUCGUGCUGUAUGUCCUGGCUAGGGACGAGGACGGGUUUCUGUCGAAAGAGGCUAUAAGGAGAUGUUAUGAUGGGAGCUUGUUUGAGUAUUGUGCAAAGAUGAAUAUGAGUGCUCAAUACAAGAUGUAUUGACAAAGACAUUAAUUAGUCUCCAACUCAAAACUCUCAGGCAAUAUACUAGUACUACUUAUGUUGCCUCUGUAAAUUACUGAUAUAAGAUUGUGCAACCAAAGACGAAAAACCAAAAUAAGAGCUGCUUUGGUUGUGUAAUUGUAAA